AUGCUGGAAAAUAAUGCCGCUAGUAAUGUCGAAACUUGUGAGGGAGAGUGUCAGUUUCCUGAAGAUUUAAAACAACAUAGAAUUUCCAAAACCACAUUGUCUCCAGAGAUUGCUGAUCGUUCAUUAUAUUGUGGUAUCUACAAAUGGCGUCCUCCGUUUUUGCGUAGUUCUGGAAACUUAAUAGCUUUCCUUGCUGCUGCUUGCUUUAUAUCUUGCCUACAAGCUUCUUUUUCUGGGUACACAAGUUCUCAAGUGACAACUCUAGAAAAACGGUUUGCGAUAGGCAGCAGUGUGAUAGGAGUAAUGAAUUCUUGUUUUGAAGUUGGCUAUAUUUUUUCUGUUAUAUAUGUCAGUUACGUUGGGAGUCAUGGUCGAGUACCUGUGUGGAUAUCAAUUGGCCUUUUUAUAAUGUCUGCUGGAUCAUUUUUGUGGUCUCUGCCUCACUUCGUUUUCUUUGAUAGUAGUAGAACAAGUUCUGUUUCCUUAAAUGAACAACUUUGUGUUGUAUCCAAGAAUACAAGUACCUGCUCUGAAGGAUGUGAUGACAAGUCGUUACUUGGCUGUUCAGAAUCUUCUACCAUUGGUUAUGCCUUUCUUCCCGUUUUUAUUUUUGCCCAGCUGUUAAUUGGUGCUGGUUCGAGUCCAAUUUUGACAUUAACCCCCCCUUUCAUCGAUGAUCAUGUACCUUCUUCCAAAGCGCCCCCAAUGAUAGCUUCACUAUAUGCAGCUUCAGCAAUGGGUCCUGUCAUAGGAUUUGCCUUGGGAGCGUUUUUACUACAGUACCCAGCUGAUGUCUUAACUGUGAAUAAACCUUUCAAAAUAGGUCCUGAUGAUCCUGAAUGGAUUGGUGCCUGGUGGGCUGGAUUCAUUUUAUUAGGAGGUCUUGUUUUCAUUGGUGCCAUUAUACUCUUGAUGUUUCCGAGAAAAUUACAAGAAUUCUCUUGUUGUGAUCCUUUGAAAUCGAAGAAAUUGUCCAUUAAGAGUGUACCAAUAAAUAAUGGUUGUGUAUUAAGUGAAUCAACUCCAAUGAGGCCACAUGAUAAACAUAGAAAUUCUACGUUGGAAACUGAAAUAAAUCUUGAUAAUGACUCUGAAUAUCAAAGUCCUUGGUCAGAUUUUUCUUCUUCACGACGAAGUCAACGAAAAAGUCGAAGCUCAAAUCCUCAUUUUCAAAGUCAACCGCUUGAUUCAAAGAAUACAUGGAGUGAUUUUACUACUGUUGUGUGUUCACUUAUUCGAAAUAAAAUUUACAUUAUGGCUUGUUUUUGUAUAUGUUCAGAAAUGUUUAUCGUUGUUGGAUUUGCAUCAUUUUUACCAAAAUAUUUAGAAAUGGGAUUUCGAAUUAAUAAAUCGUCAAGCAGUUUAAUAGCUGGUGGUCUAAUUGUACCCUGUGGUGCUCUCGGCAUUUUAGUCGGUGGGAUUAUUCUCAAUAGAUUUCAAUUUCGUCGUAUAGGUGCUAUCCGAUUUGUUCUCGUGGUUAAUUUGAUCAUUUUAGCUUGUAUGUGUUCAUUUUUCUUUUUGGGCUGUAAAAAUCCCUCAAUUGCUGGUUUAACUGUGCCUUAUCCAGAAGAAUCAUUUUAUUCACGUAAAAUGUUAUCAGUAUGCAAUGAUAAUUGUUCAUGUAAUCAAAAUGAAUGGUCUCCAGUGUGUCAUUUAGCUUCUGAUAUCACGUACAUUUCACCUUGUCAUGCCGGUUGUCAAGAAAGAUUUCUUCUCAAUAACUCAGUAUAUGAGUUUCGUAAAUGUGCUUGUACAUUACACAGCUUCAAUAAUAACAGUAUUGCUUCAUCUAAGAUUAUUGAUGUAACAAAACCUGGUGAAUGUGAUUUACACUGUCAUACACUAAUUCCAUUUGUUGUUCUAUUAACAUUUUUAUUAUUUCUAACUGGUGUAAUUCAAAAUCCUUUAUUAAUGGUUACAAUGCGAUCAGUUGAUCAUAAUCAACGUUCUUUUGCUUUGGGCCUUCAAUUUACAAUAGUACGAUUGUUUUCUUAUUUACCUUCACCAAUUGUAUACGGACGUGUGAUUGAUGGAGCGUGUCGAUUUUGGCGAACAGAAUGUGGUCGUGUAGGUGAUUGUGCUUUUGUAGAUGUGCGGGAUUUAAAUUUAUAUAUAACUGGCCUUGGAUUGGUUGUCAAAGGAUCUGGUCUUUUAUUUUAUUUUUUCCUACUAUACUUUCUUUAUCGUGACAAAUCAGCUGAUAACACUACUUAUAAUAAUCAUGGUAGUUUAGCCAAUGAACCUACACAUGUACAUAGUGAAGUUAACUGUUCAAAAGUACCAACUGUUAUUGUAUCGUAUGGUAAGCCAUGA